AUGUCUGCAAAAGCGAACCCCGACAUACAACUGUCACGAGCCAAAGUUUUUAGCGUCUGGACGCCAGGCGUGGGCAGUCGGGACAUGCGUUUAGCCUACCACUUUCGCAAUUCGUUUCGGAAGCGAACAGCCCCUGAAAGGACGCGUCUGACGUCAAAUGGCAAGCAACUGGGCCUUGGGUCUGUUACCCUUGAAGUAGUGUUAGUUGAAAAUGAGGAAGACUUUCAAGUGGAACAACCCGUGAAGGAGGCCACCGUCGAAUAUGAAUCAGAAAAAGCCGAUGACACCUCUCUAACUCAGUCAGACGCUGGUGCUGCAGUAGAAGCAGAGCCAGGUAAAGAAGACGAAAUUGAACUUACACAAUCUGAGACCGAAUCACCUGUGGAAGUGGAGCCAGACAAAGGGGAGCAAGUUUCACUAGAACAAUCCGAUGACGAGCCACCGGCGGAAGCGGAACCAGAUACAAAGGAAGAAAUUGAACUUAAACAAAAUGAGGACGAGCCACCGGUGGAAGCAGAGCCAGGUACACAGGAAGACAUUGAAGCUAAGCAAACUGCGGACGAACCAACUGUGGAAGUGGAGCCAGAUAAAGAGGAGCAAGUUUCCCUUAAUCAAUCCGACGACGAGCCACCAGUGGUAGAGGAGCCAGAUAAAGAGGAAGAAGUUUCACUUAAACAAUCCGACGACGAGCUGCCUAUGGAAGCAGACCCAAGAACAAAGGAAGAGAGCGAACUUAAACAAAGUGAAGGCAAACCACCAAUGGAAGCGAUGCCAGGUGCAGAGGAAGAAAUUGAACUGAAACAAAGUGAGGACGAGCCACCGGUGGAAGCAGAGCCAGGUUCAGAGGAAGAAGUUUCAUUGAAACAAUCAGACGACGAGCCACCAGUGUUAGCGGAGCCUGCUGAGGAGGAGGAGGAGGAGGAAUUUUUAUAUGAACCGCUUGAAUAUCGGCCUUACUCAGAAGAAGAGUUGGCACGAGAAGAUGAAGUCUCUCAAGAGCUCUCUAAACCUGAACCUCCGGUUAAUGUGGAGCCAACCUCCGAAGCAGGAGACGCAUUUGAACACUCAGAUCCUGAGCCUGUAAAUGAACCACCAGCGCUCGAAGAGAAUGAAAUCUCGACUGAGCAAUCAGAGGGUGAACCUUCUGCGGACGUAGAGUCAGCUGAGGAAGAUGGAUUCUCAAAUAGCCAAUCUGAGACUCUGCAGCCAAUUAAUGUUGAAUCAGAUGAAGAACAUUUAUUUAAACAAUCAGAGAGUGCUCCUCUAAUCGGAACAGAGAUAGUUGAAAAUGAAGGAGUCGCAAUUACCCAUCACGAAAUUCAUCCUGUUGUGGAGUUGGAGCCAGACCUGAAUGUUGUAGGUCCAGCAAUUGAAGAGGCAAAGACAUCAUCGCUUGAAGUGGAGGAGCAUAAAGAACCAUCAAAUGCUGAGUCUGAGUCGUCGGAAAACCUGGUUGAUAAUAUUAUGGUUGAGCCUAGACCAGACGUUCCCGUAAAUUUAAUCACAGAUGUCAAUCAACCUGCGUAUUUUGAAUCAGAAGAUAUAUAUAAUGAGAGUCGUGGCGAAAUCGGCACUGUUGAUGCCCCAACAGAAGAUGAAAAUAGGAAAAUUGACGUCGUAGAUCAAGAGAUCACCUUUGACACAGAAAAUGAGACGCCACGCGAGCCAAUUGAAGCCACUGACGUUAGCGAGCCGGAAUACACUACUUCAAGUAGCCAUGAAAAUACCCUGGAAGAACCUGACCUAAACAAGCCACACGAGUCGUCGACACCUGUUUAUGAACCAGAAAUCGUCCCAGAAGUUGCUUAUACUACAGGACCUGAAAGAAGUCAGGGCAACGUUCCUCACGACUACGGUAGAGGGGAUAGACCGUUAAUCUACACACCCGAACCCGUGUUCAGGGAGGAGUAUCAACCACGUCCAAAGCCUUAUGAGCCCACUACUAGCUCCUAUGAACGACGAAUGAGUCAAAUUGACGAGUAUCGUCGUGAGGAAGAGAGGCGAAAGCGCAUGUACGAGAGCCAAAAUAUCUACCGACGCCCAGAUCUGCGUGAGCGUGACAACACAUGGCCUCGUGAAACGCACACUGAAUCAAUGGAGGGUUGCGGUUUCGAUUAUCUGGGACGUAAAGUGAACUGUUCCUCCACGAACACCUUUAUGCCUAUUGAAAUGAGAGAUCAUCACCAAGGUGCCCGUCAGUACAUCCCGCCACCCGAGAACUUUGAGCUUCCGGAAGAAGCCAGCGAAGAUGCUCUGGAAGACGAAAUGGCAAUGCGAAGAGCGAAUCCCGUGUACCUCAGCAUGUCGCGAUGGCCAGUACGCAAUGUGAACCACCUGGGGCACUACCCACGACACCCUGCCUGUCGUCUCUCCCCGAAAUGGGGUGUCGGUCCAGAGGAGCUCUCCGCGUGGUUCUACUCCCAGGCUGAUGGAAGGUGCCUGUGGUUCGCCUAUGCUGGCCACGGUGGCAAUGCAAAUCGGUUCUACUCCAGAGCUAGCUGCGAUUCACUCUGUGUUUUUGACCAGGAUGAUCUGUGCCUGAACGUCCGCUGUGGAUACCCUGGCAGUCGUUGUAUUCUCCGUGGAGACGAUCGCUGCAAGGCCUACGCCAAGAGUCGUGGCAAGGACCUUGACCUCGAAUGCCCCCCUGACCAGCCGGUGUGCAGGGCACGUCGUGCACUCAUUGCUCCAGAAUACGACGCACAUUUAGUUCCAGGUGAAUGCAUGGAGGAGGUGGAUGCGGGUGGCUGUUUGGUCAAGAGCCCUCAAAUUCGCUACCACUACGACUCGCGUUCCAAUACUUGUCGUUCCUUCUACUUCCACGGAUGCGGUGGCAACAACAACCGUUUUGAAAGCAUGCAGGAGUGCAUGAAUCACUGUGCUCUUUAA